UUUGGUGUUUUUUUUAACAGUCAGCGAAAAAUAUAAAAAUCUCAAAAUUAUACAUAAAUCCAGUUAAGUUAUUUAUAUUUCACUUGUCUAAAAUAAAAUAAGCAACAAUAUGAUACCAAAAAAGAUGCCUGUAAAGGAUGCUCACAUAGUGAAAAUUGCCGUGGAGUAUGAAAAUCAUUUAGCACAAUUGAUAAAUUUGGAUCAGCGUCAACCUCUAACUGGAAAAAUUCAAGAAAUCUGCAGUUGCUGGGGUAUUGUUGAUCCCGAGAACUAUGCUUUACAAUUUUGCGAAGCUAACUAUUUGAAAUAUGUUACGGAAAAAAAUCGCAAUGAAAUCAAAAAUGGCUCUGUAUUACGUCUCCAAUAUUCGCCCUCAAAAACAGCCAAUGAUACGCUGGAAACAUUGCGCGCCGGUUCACCAUGUGUCAAAGGUGACUGUUUGGAAAAAUUAUCUUCGCUUUCGGUAGACGUAACAUUUGCUUUGGAAUUUAUAAAAGAACAAGGUCUGGGCAUAAUUAUUAGCAUGAUUGAAGAGCCUUCGGAAAAGGAGGAUAAAAUACUUAUACACAGUUUAAAAAGUUUCGUCGAACUUAUGGAACAUGGAACGGUAUCGUGGGAAAUUUUACAAAAUAGUUUUGUACAGCGUAAUAUUUAUAUUGUAAGAAAUUUUCAAAAUUUUCUCAAAUGUACCGAAAGUGCUCUAUCUAAUUUAGAAAAUAUUGUACAGAAUAGUACAAAAUAUACGUUGGUAGAGCAAGAGGUGACCUUGCAAGAUCUAUUGAGAUUAUUGCAAGAUGCCAAUUCGUCGGUUAUCAUACAAAAUGCUAUAGCCUUAAUAAAUGCUCUAUUUAUGAAAGCGGAUGAGGGUAGAAAGCGUCAAAUUGCCCACACAAUUAGUGCUAAACAAUAUCGUUUGGCUUUGAUUGGUAAUGUAACAAGCACCGAGAUGACCCACCAAUUGUAUGUUUUGCAAACUUUAACUUUGGGUUUGUUGGAGCAACGUAUGCGCAUGAAAAUCAAUGCCCAGGAUCAGGAUGCCCACGAAAAAAUCAAAGAGUUGCGUAAAAUAGCAUUUGAUGAAUAUUCCGAUCUUAUGAGUGGCAUGGGAGGGGGUGGAGGUAAUUGUUCGGGUACGGGUAAUGUCAACUUUGCACAAUAUUACAAAAAGUUGGGUUUCAAAUGUGACAUUAAUCCGGCCCAAGAUUUUAUUGAAACACCACCGGGAAUUUUGGCUCUGGAUUGUAUGAUUUAUUUUGCACGCAACUUCGCGCAGCAGUAUAGGAAAAUUGUGCACGAUAAUUCGUGUCGUGGUGAUGAGCAUGAAUGUCCUUUCGGUCGUACAUCCAUUGAAUUAGUUAAGUUGCUGUGUGACAUUCUACGCAUCGGCGAAUCGCCAUCCGAUCAGUCGGUCGAUUUUCAACCCAUGUUCUUUACACACGAUCAUCCAUUUGAGGAAUUCUUUUGCAUUUGUAUUAUGACCCUAAAUCGUACCUGGAAGGAUAUGCGCGCCACGGGCGAAGAUUUUCUAAAGGUGUUUAGUGUUGUGCGUGAACAAAUAACACGUACGUUAAAGCAACGUCCGGAUAAUCUAGAAGAUUUUCGGGGUAAAAUAGCUCACUUUACGUAUCAGACAAUUACGAAUUUACGCCAGCAGGAGAGAACCUCCAAAGAGGAAUGUGAUUCGACUGCCUCGGCUAUAGUUAAAUUGAAGGAGAAAAUAUCGCCACAUAUUUUGGACUUGAUAAAACAACAAAGACUGGCAUUUUUAGUGGAAGGUACCCGAUUCUCGAAAUAUUCACGUGGCGCACGUUCAAAAGAUAAAUUUUGGUACGCACGUCUCUCGCCAAAUCACAAAGUCAUACACUAUGGUGACUGUGACGAAAAGACAAUACCAACCCUUGAAGAACUUUCCAAUAAAGUAUCAGUUGUUGAUAUCAAACAAUUAUUGGAGGGUAAAGAAUGUCCCCAUAUGAAAGAAAUACGCACACGCAAAUCUGCGGUUAAUUUGGCAUUCUCCAUAACAUUUGACAGCAUGGAUCAUUCAACAUUGGAUUUUGUGGCGCCCGAUGAAAUUGUAUUCUACUACUGGACCGAUGGCAUCAAUGCACUUUUGGGUCAAGAAAUGGUUAGUAAACAGAAAAAGGAAGAUUUUGAUACCCUACUCUCCAUGGAAAUCAAACUGAGAUUGUUAGAUACGGAGGGGGUUGAUAUUAGCAAGGAUCCACCACCCGUACCAGAAGAUCCCGAAAAUUAUGAUUUUUGUUUUGAAAAUUAAGUAUUAUAUACACAUAUAUAUUCCAACAGGUACAUUUUAAUCUCCAAUUUUUUAUUAGUCUCGCAUUAAAAUAUGUAUGUUAAAAAAUAAAAUUGAAAAGCCAAAGUUAUUCUAAAAGUAUUUAAACAAACGCACAUACUGCAAAUAAAUCAUUAUAAUCAAUGUCUUUUUUCUACUGUUAUUUUAUACAAUAAAUAAAUUUAUAUAUAUUUUAUAUUAUAUAUAAAAUCUUCAUUAUAUUAACAAUAUUAAGACACAAAUAUGUAUAAUGUUCAUAUGUGCAAUUUUCAUUUCCAACGAAUUAAUUUUAAAAAAAAUUAUACUAUAUGUAUUGAAAUGUUUUGUAAUAAAACAAAUAAAAAUA